AUGGCUACUGCUUGCAUCAAGGCAGAGGCCGAUAUAGAGCCUCUGCACACCCCAUCUUAUGGCUUGUUAUCCCCACUCGACCCUCAACAGCCCAUUUUCUGGCAACCCUUGCAGCAAUAUGCGAAUCCCGAACUUACGUCGCCAACUUCGCCUUAUGACAAUUCUCAUCUGGUUCAUCAGAGGAACCCUUCCGACUAUCCUUUGACACCAGUCUCGUUGGCCUACAAUGAUGGCUUGCAGUCUUCUGCUACUUACAGCCUGAUGGAGCCCUCGCCUCAGUCUUGCUCCAGUUCUUAUCCACCGCCGUCGACCUUCUACCCCGAUCCGCCUCUAGAGCCCUCUAGUGCCACUGAAGACCUGACUUUCUCCCAACACCAAGAUGCCUCCUUCUUUGAGCCUUCAUACGAUGCGAGCAAUGCAGAAUACGACCAGAACAUACAAUCAGAACCUUUUGACUAUACCAACCUCGAUAUGACUCUAGCCAACUCCGAGCAACCUCUGAGCGCUUUACCGGAGCUGGCUGUGUCUAUCCCAAGGUCUAUGGCCACUUCAUUGUUCUUUCAUCUAUCGCCGAGGAUGCAAUAUUUGCUGGAUUACUACGACAAACAUAUCUGUUCUGUUCUUGUUGCCUUUGACGAUACCAUCAAUCCAUAUAGGAUGCACAUUCUUCAGCUCGCUACACAUAACGAAGGUCUCCAGAACGCUCUUGCAGCUCUUUCCUUGAACAAUAUGCGCAUGCGGUUACAUAAAAGAGCUCCUCCCAAAGGCUUCAUCGAAGAACUGGAUAGUAAGCAGCAGGAUAACGACAACAGCAUUCUGGCUCGUCCAUCACCCGAAGAGAGCUACUACAAGAGUGUAUCAAUUGGUCAGUUGCAGUCUCAAUUGGCUGACGUAGUCAAAGCUCAAGACGAUUCUGUUCUUGCUAUAUUGCUUAUCCUGUGCUUGUUCCACGUCUGCGACAGUGGGUUCUCUAAAUUCAAGACACAGCUUGAAGGCGUGCAAAGGUUGCUUUCUAUGCGCGAUCCAGGUGUCAGGACCGGCUUUAUCGGUUGGGUCGAGAUGUUCUUCGCCUGGUUCGAUGUAAUGACAUCGACCGUAAACGACAGAGAGACCGAGAUUCAAGGCGAUCGUCUAGAUAUGCUUCACUAUUCCUCCAAUCUCGGUGCUCUAGAGCAGUUCUCGGGAUGUGAUGGUCGCCUGUUUAAGUUGAUUGCUCGUCUUGGACGCUUGAACCUUCUGUCACAAGAUCGUCCUGUACGUCCUGAUCCUCGAAAUUCCAAAGCAUCUUACGGUGCGACCGCAACCCCGAAAUACAAGAACCAGAGCACUUUCGCUGUCCCGAGAGCUCGCCGUCCACGUUCGCAGGUCGAACCCAUGGACUUCAGCCGUUUGGAUGGUAAUGGCUGGGGCGCCUUGCUAGCCGAUCCUUUGGAAGACUUUGACACAAUCUACAGAGAGGCUUCGGACACGCGGCAAGAGUUCUGGAAGGAGUGGCAUGAUAUCCGAUCUCGGCUAGAAACAUGGUCCAUGGAUAGUCCUUGUCUGUCACCCACAGGUCUCGAGCCCUCGGCAGCUUCGCUCGAGCCUGGACAAAGAGAUCUGACGCACAUCAACGAGUCCUUCCGUUCAUCCGCCUUGCUCUAUACUGAACGGCUUGCCCACCCGUUCCUGCCAUCGUCAUCUCCGAAAUUCCAGGCACAUGUUCGCAAUGCUCUUUCUCACAUAGCUGCCUUGGAAAUCACUUCUUGCGUCAACAAGUUCUUGCUUUGGCCCUUGUUCAUUGCAGGGACCGAGUGUGUCGAUGCAGCUGAUCAGGCACUUGUACGCGACAGAUGCAUAGAAGUGCAGAUUGAAAGCGGCUUUUACAACAAUAUCUCCGUCCUGGACGUCCUCGAGAAGGUGUGGGCUGAGAACGAUACUCAAGAUAUGUAUGAUGCAGAUUCUGACGAAGUGCAACGCCGACGGGACAGUGCUAAGGCGAAUGGAGACCGUAUACAAGCUUUUAGAUGGAGAAAAGCUAUGGAUAGGGUUGAUGGCGAGUAUCUUGUCAUUUAA